AUGACGACCAAUGUCGCUCUCGAUACUACUAUGGGCACCGUCAUUAUCGAGCUGUACGAUGACCAUGCGCCAAAAACGUGCAAGAACUUCUCUACUCUCGCUCAGCGAAACUACUUCAACGACCUUAUAUUCCACCGCAUAAUUCCGAACUUUAUGAUACAAGGCGGCGAUCCUACUGGCACCGGACGCGGCGGCGCAUCAAUCUAUGGCGAGAAGUUCGAGGACGAGAUAUCACCAGCACUGAAGCACACAGGUGCUGGCAUUCUAAGCAUGGCCAAUUCCGGGCCCAAUACGAAUGGGUCUCAGUUCUUCAUCACGCUCGCACCCACGCCAUGGCUAGACGGCAAACACACCAUAUUUGGGAGGGUGAAGAGUGGAAUGCAGAUCGUCAAGAAGUUAGGCUUAGUCAAGACGGACAAGGAGGAUAGGCCUGUAGAGGAAAUCAAGAUUGUGAAGGCUUACGUCGUUGAAAGUGGCGGCUUUGCCUAA